UUGCCCUGCGUAAUGCGCAUGCGCAACAUUAGCCAGUCUCUGAUCGACAUUGCAACUUCCGCGAUUUGUUUUACAUCGCUAAAAAUAAUGUCGGAUUCCUUGGAAUUUGUGCCAUUUCUAUGCUAGUUAUGAGGAUUAUAAAUAUAAAAUGUGAUUAAUAUUUUAGUUUGAAAUUCCAUCGGGUCUUCAAAUCAGCCAUGGUGUUCUUUAAUGGUUCAAUGAAGCUUAAAAUCUGCGAGGCAGUCGAUCUGAGACCGACCGAUUACUCGGCACGGUUUUCCAUGGGUGCUUCGAAGAAGGAAGAGGAAAAACCCGCACUAGACCCUUAUAUUGCAUUUGACGUAGAUGAGCUGCAUGUAGCGAGAACUACAACUAAAAUAAAAACAUCGAAACCAGUUUGGAACGAAGAUUUUACGGCCGAAGUUCAUAACGGACAGGUGUUCGGAUUGACUGUUUUUCACGAUGCUGCCAUUCCACCAGACGAUUUUGUCGCUAAUUGUUCACUAGCAUUCCAGGAUCUGAAGUCGCAGUCGGAUAUAUGGAUUGACCUAGAACCUAGGGGGAAAUUACAUGUUAUUAUUGAACUUCAUGGCUCAGCUUCAGAAGAGCCCCCAAAGGAGCCGCGGGUGUUCAAGGAAAAGGAAGGGCUCCUCAACCGGCGACGUGGCGCCAUGCGGCGGCGGGUGCAUCAGGUCAAUGGUCACAAGUUCAUGGCCACCAUGCUGCGGCAACCCACAUUUUGCUCAUUAUGCCGUGAUUUUAUUUGGGGCCUCGGUAAGCAAGGCUAUCAGUGUCAAGUAUGUACAUGUGUUGUUCACAAGCGCUGCCAUCAGCAUGUGGUCACCAAAUGUCCAGGCAUUACGGACAAGGCUUCUGGGGAACUAGAAGAGGCGGCGGGCACUAGGUUCAAUAUAAAUGUUCCACAUCGAUUUUCCAUUCACAACUGCAAGAGACCGACGUUCUGUGACCACUGCGGCUCGUUGUUGUAUGGUCUCUUCAGACAGGGACUGCAGUGUGAGGUGUGCAAGCUGAAUGUGCACAAGCGUUGCCAGAAAAACGUUGCCAACAACUGCGGCAUCAACACCCGUGACCUGGCGCAGAUCCUGCAGGAGCUAGGCAUCACCUCAGAGAAACUGUCGCAGAAGGGCAGAAAAAAGCCAUCAAUAAGUGAGAAUGAUGCUACGCAGAAACCGGGGCUUGAAAAUAAUAGAUUUGUUGCAAUGUUGCCAGAGCCAGACGACCGUGUGUCCAACAACAGCCUGUCAGUGAGCUCAGGUGAUGAACGCGACCCCCGCGCGCGCAGUCCCUCACAGGAGCGCUGCCGCAGAAAAGACAAAUACACCAUUAAUGAAUUCAAUUUUAUAAAGGUUUUAGGCAAAGGAAGUUUUGGAAAGGUGAUGCUAGCAGAGCGGAAGGGCUCAGAAGAAGUUUAUGCAGUCAAAAUUUUAAAGAAAGACGUCAUUAUACAAGACGAUGAUGUGGAUUGUACGAUGACGGAGAAACGGAUUCUCGCGCUCUCAGCCAAGCACCCGUUUCUCACUGCCUUGCAUUCCUGUUAUCAGACAAAAGAUCGCUUAUUUUUUGUGAUGGAGUAUGUGAACGGUGGAGAUCUAAUGUUCCAAAUUCAACGAGCACGAAAGUUUGACGAGCCGCGUGCACGUUUCUACGCUGCUGAAGUGACUCUAGCACUAAUGUUCCUACACAAACAUGGUAUUAUCUAUAGAGAUCUGAAGUUGGACAACAUUCUGCUUGACAGCGAGGGCCACUGUAAGAUCGCAGACUUUGGGAUGUGCAAGGAGGGAAUGUACGAGGGAAAGCUCACCCAGACUUUCUGUGGCACACCUGACUACAUCGCGCCGGAGAUCCUGCAGGAGCUGGAGUACGAUGCCUCAGUGGACUGGUGGGCCCUGGGUGUGCUCAUGUAUGAGAUGAUGGCGGGGCAGCCACCCUUUGAGGCUGAGAAUGAGGACGACCUGUUUGAGUCCAUCCUUCAUGACGACGUGCUCUACCCUGUCUGGCUCAGCAAGGAGGCAGUGUCGGCCCUUAAAGGGUUUAUGACCAAAAACCCUGCUAAGCGGCUUGGGUGUUUCAAGAAUCAUGGAGCGGAAAAGGCCAUUUUAGUCCACCCAUUCUUUCAUGAAAAAAUUAACUGGGAGCUUCUAGAACAAAAAGCAGUUAAACCACCAUUUAAACCUAAAAUUAAAUCAAAGACAGAUGCCAACAACUUUGACAAAGACUUCACGACGGAGGAGCCAGUUUUGACACCGAUCGACCCUGCAGUGGUCAAGGCAAUCAACCAAGAAGAAUUCCGUGGCUUCUCAUUCAUCAAUCCGGAUUACGGGAAGCUUGACCAGGCUGGUGGGGCGGUGGGGGUCGCGUAUCAAUAACGAACAAAUUACUGCAAAGAAACAAAAGAAUUAUAUUCAAUAUUCAAGACGGCUUCAAGUUGUUUUUGUUUGAAAUUUUCUUUUUCACUCUCAGAUUCUAUAUCUAUGUGUAUAUUGUGCAGUGUGUUUUUCGUACAUGGUUCUUUUCACCAUGCAAGAAGCCUGUCUUCUGUGAUCCCAGGCUUGGACACAUCGUCACCCGUGGUAUUCCAGCAGAUGAAGGAACUCUGAUGUUCAUGUUAGUUACAGUCUUUCAAACAAUUUUAUACAUUGUGAACACAUUGAUAUUCUGUUACUUUUGUUUGUUGAACACACACGAAAUCAUGCCUUUAGAGCCAGAAGGGCUUAUGCGUAUUUUAGUGCAUAUGCUCCUGGCUUUUAUGGGCAGAUAAAGAGUUAGAUACAAAAGACAAAGCAGAACUUUAUCAUUAGGAAGUAUCACGAAAUCAGGGUGUUUGUAGAUUAAGCUUUCUGUGAAACAAAGCAUGGUUAGAUAUUAAUGUGUUCACAAUGGUAAUAUGCCUGUUGUGACAGAGUUCUAGAGAAACUAUCAUUUGUCGUCUGUAUGUGUCCAUUUAAGAGGAUCUCUGUAGGCUGUGUGGCCCAUCAUACCUGGUGAUUGGUUGCCUGAAGACCAGGGCCACCUGGUGAUUUGUUGCCUGGAGACCAGGGCCACCUGGUGAUUGGUUGCCUGGAGACCAGGGCCACCUGGUGAUUGGUUGCCUGGAGACCAGAGCCCUUAGGUGCAAAGCUCUUACAUGCGGAAGUGUGUAGAGGUAUUGAUAUAAGUAGCCCUCUAGGAAAACCAGGCUUUAUACAUGUACAUUUAAAGUCGUCCCAGAUUAUCUUGUGCUGUAGGCACAGGAUUAUCAGGAGUGACACUUUCCACAGUAAUGGAGCUUUUUGUUUAACAGAAGAUUGUUUUAAAUUAAAAUCCAAUGUAGAGGGAAAGUGUCAUCCCUGACAAGCCUGUGCUAACUGCACAGGUCAAUUAAGGACAAUACUUUAUGCACUUGCAUUAAGCUGGACUUUUCAAAAAGCACGGCUCAUAUGUUUUUUUUACAUAACUUAUUACUUAUUUGUUCCAAGAUGUAGGCAAACUAAAGUAUUAAAUUAAAAAAUUGUAUUGUCUGUUUUCAUUCUUAUACAUGAUAAAAAGUAAGUUUUUGCUUAUUAAUCUAAAGUUGAUAGCAUAAUACACAUUAUUGAUUAAAACUGGCCAUAAUAUGAUCUAACCGUGGUAGCCUCAUAAUUUUUUUUUAAUGGUUUAUGUUUUAUAUGACUGCUUUUGUCUAAAUGAUUCACAUUGUCUUACAACAAGUGCAUGAGGAAAUUGUAUUGUUUGUGAUAAGAACUAUCAGUGCAAUUUUAUUUGGUCUUCUGAAAUUUAAUUGAUAAAAGCAUCUUGCAUACAUGAGGAUUGUUUUACAUUCUCCUUAUUUUGGGCAUUUUAUUACAAGUUCUGUGAAAUUCCUCCCUCCCUCAGUUGUAUGAUUUUGGUCCCCUAUGGGUUGAACAGAUGGAACUAUAGGUACUAAGAUUUAAACCCCGGCCCAUUGGUGGGUCUGUCUGUCAGGAUUCUAAGAUAACUCAAAGAGUAUGUAAAUUGUUGAUCUGAUUUAAUCCUUUUGCUUCGUAAGCAUCAUCUAUUUUCCUGUGAAUCUCAAGGUCUUGCAAAAUAUGAAUUGUUUAUUUAUAUAUCUCAUUUUUUGUACUUUUAUCUAUUGAAAGUAAAAAAAAAUAUGUUUCUGUUGCUUAUAUACCAUGUUUAUGUAUAGCCUGGAAAGUUAAUGCAUAAUGUCAAAAAUAAAAAAGAUGUUAUCUUAAAAAGCAACAGUUUUUUUCAAUGAUUUCUUCCUAAUUGUAAAUCAAAUUUAUAUUAUACUGUUUUGACUGCACAAUGCACAACAUUAUCCCUGUUGUUAUUAUGUAAACAAAACUUAUUUGGAUAUUAUCUUAUACUGAGAAAAGUUCUGUGAAAGUGACAAAUCUGCCUGCAGAUAGUGUUGGCAUUCACUUUUAUGUUCCGCAGUUGUGUUGUGCACAUGUUGCUAGCAAAUUGUUCCUUGAAAGCCAGAAGGGCUUAUCAGUGUUAUUUGCACUAUGGCUUUCAUGGGACACUUUAUGUUUGGUUUUAACAAACACGUCAUUUUAUGUUCAUACUGGGUUGCAUCUGUGUACUUUUGAUUGGAAAUUGUUCACACUCUGUCUCAAACCCACUUUGUUGAAAACAACUUAAUGGCAGCUUUUUAACAGUUUUAUUUUCUUUUGUGUUACCAGUUAAAUAUUAAGUCAUCUGAAGUCUUUAUUCAUUUACUUGAAAAAAAAAGCAUUAUCAUUAUUUCUCUUCUUUAUAAUUAGAUUGAUGUUUUGUUCAUGGUUACUCAGUAUUUGGUAAAUUGUUAUUCAGUAUUUGGUUAAUAUGGCAAAUAAAAGAUGUAACUAAGCAAAACAUUUAUUUUUAAUUUGUCUCAAAUAAUGUAAAGGUUUUAGUUGAGAAUUAUUCAAUACAUAAAAUGUUUAAAAACAUGCUAGAAAGACUAGCAUCUGUUGAUUAAAAAUAUGUAAAUAAAAAAUACUUUUACAUGUUGAAAGUGCAUACCAAUAACUAGUCAAUAAUAAUUCCAUAAAAGGCAAUUUUUAUGUCACAGAAAUAGGUUUUGAGAAUAAUGUAAAUGUGAAAGAUAUAUUUAGCAAAAAUUGUUUGAACUUUGUAUUGUAUUUUACAGACUAGAAAAUGCAGAUUUGUUUUUGUGAAAUGCAUUUAUGGAAUGUGUGUGCAUGUUCAUACAGAUUGUUCUGUCAAAUAUAUUGGUUUAAGUUUAUGUAUUUUGAUAAUCAAUCUCUGAAGUAGAAUGUUAAUUUGCUUUUAUAUUUACUUGUUUGUUUGUAAGAUUUUUUGACAUAAUGAUAACCUAUGUUUAAUGAUUAAUGGUGUGUUUUUUAGAGAAAUUUAUUCUUGUUGAAUGCAUGGAGAUAUUAUGUUACUGUUAUUGUACAAGUUUUGUAUUGUUAAACUUUUAUUUUAUCUUUUGUUAAGCAGCUAAAUAGUAACUCUAUUUCCAAGUUAAAAUAAUAUUUAUUUAAUGUAUGAUGUAUUACUAUACAACAUUUAUUUGUACUUUUAACAUGUGUGUAUGGUAUUCUGAUGUCUACGAGUACUUCUAGUCCACAAUGACAGACUAGUGAUCUGUCAUAGGUGUGCGAGUCCAGUCCAGUCAGUGUGUAUUGUGUGUGAACAUGCAGUCUCAUAUCUCAGUACAGUGAAUGUUUAUUAGGCUUCAGUCUGACGUAGUGCGUACAAGAUGAAAUUUUUCCAUUAGUUUUGUUUGCAGAAAAGUAUGGAAAGCAAAUAAUAAUUUUAGGCCCGCUCGGGGAAAACUAGGCUUAAUGCAUGUGCAUAAAGUUUCUUCCCAGAUUAGCCUGUGCAGACUGCACGGGCUAAUUAGGUCCGACGCUUUCCACUUAGACAGAAUUUUCAUUUACAAGUGACUUCAUUAAAACAGAAAAAUCCAUAAAAAAAGCUGGAAGUGUGGUCCCUGAUUAGCCUCUGUCUGGGAUGACACUUUACAUACAUUCAUCAAGCUGAGUAGUAUCAGUAUGAAGCUUAUUGACUAUUGACAUUCAGGCCAUUUUUCUACAAGACAAUGAAUCCAUUUCGUAGUUGACGCUCUAGAAAGUUAUGCCAAACUCUAACCAGAGAUUGAUGUGUUCAGUUUGAAACAUUUUUAGCUGUGUGUAUGAAUGAAGUGAGACAUAUUUGCAAUAUCUCACUUUAGGUGUAUUUAAUGUUUAGGCCCUAUUAACUCUUAAGAAUUUGACACCUCAAGUGAUUUUUAUACGCCCGUUUUUAAAAAGGGACGUAUUAUAGUUUCACCCUUGGCGGGGGCGUCCACAGCAGUGUCCGCUCUCUAAUUCAAAUAGUUUUCAUCCAAUCUUCACCAAACUUAAUCAGAAGUUGUAUCUAGACAAUAUCUAGGUCAAGUUCGAAUAUGGGUCAUGCCGGGUCAAAAACUAGGUCAUGGGGUCACUUAGUGCAUUUCAAGGAUUUAGCAUUAUGUCCGCUCUCUUAUUGAAGUAGUUUUCAUCCGAUCUUCACCAAAGUUGGUCAGAAGUUAUGUCUAAAUGAUAUCUAGGUUGAGUUCAAAUUUGGGUCUAGCCAUAUCAAAAACUAGGUCACAAGGUCACUUAGUGCAUUUCAGGCAUUGAGCAUGGUGUCAGCUUUCUCAUUGAAGUAGUUUUCAUCCGAUCUUCACCAAAUUUGGUCAGAUAUUGUAUGAAGACAAUAGCUAGGUCAAGUUCGAAUAUGGGUGAUGCUGGGUCAAAAAUCUGGUCACGGGGUCACUAAGUGCAUUUCAAGGAUUUAGCAUGGUGUCUGCUCUCUAAUUGAAGUAGUUUUCAUCCGAUCUUCACCAAAUAUGGUAUGUAGUUGUGUCUAAAGGACAUCUUGGUUAAGUUCAAAUAUGGGUCAUUCCGGGUCAAAAUUUAGGCCACUAGGUCACUUAGUGCAUUUCAAGCAUUUAGCAUGGUGUCCAAAACCUUCAAACGGGCGUAUCUUGUGACAGUUUGGCACUCUAGUUUUAACAUGGUUGUCUUUGUAUUUGCACACUGUUUUAAUAAGCAGUAAUGUAAUUUUAUGUAACCUUUCUAAACUUCAUUUUUAACUAAUGAUAAAUAUCCACACUUAAACUUUUUCUGUACAUUAAUUUCUUGCUGGUAUUAAGUUCUUUAGGUUCGGAGGGUAUGAUUAGAGUGGUUUAAACAUGACAAUAUCUAACAUUAAUAACAAUAUGCAACAAUGUGGGCUGUAGAACAUUUUGAAAAGGAAGGUUUAAACUUCUACAGAUAACUGAUUCAUGAUAAGUUGUCCAUAAUUUAUUUUUAGUUGUUAAGACUUGUGACCUAGCUCACAUGUGAACUUGCUUUUUGGAUUGCAUGUUAUGUCUUUCUUGGUGCAUCAUAAGCUAUUUGUGGAGCAUUGUCUGAAACUUUUUAUUCAAACAACGUCUUUAACACUUGUAUUUAAAUGAAACAUUACAGAUUUGAUCCUUGGGUUACACUCUAUCAAAUUAGUUCUUAUCGUUUUGGUCCUAAGCAUAUUGAGAUCGCCAGAGGUAAAAAUAGUAUUAAUAGUUCAAACAUUAACAAUCUUCUCUAAAACCACAAGUAUUUUAUAUUUGGUGUGAAAUCUGGCCACACCCAAAGGUUUGAAUAAAUAAAAAAAUCAAAUUCUCUGAAAUGCAAGGUUCAGUGGUAGUAUUUGGUGUAUUACAUUGUGUAGUGGUCCUCUCAUAAGUUUGUACAAAUCACUUCCCUUUGCUUCGGGUAAAAAAUGGCAAUGAUGCAAGCGUUACAUGAUUAAUAAAGACUUAUAUACAAAUGUAUUGAAUAAUCUUUUCUGAAAGUCCAAGAGCUUUGAUAUGUUUUUAUUUUUCAUCAGAUGAUCAUGACCCUGGGGUCAAAACAUGACAUGCUCCAGGAGGAAUAUGAUAAAUAUAGACUUUAAAUAUAGACUCACAAUGACUUAAAAAAUCUUCUGUAACUGCAGGGUUCUUUUUAUUUAUUUGCAGUGUAACACUGUUCAUUGGUCUUCUUAAUUUGUUCAAAUCAUGAUCCAAAAGUCAAAACUGGCUAUGCCCCAGGUCACAUGAUAAAUCUUCACAUAUUUACUAAAUAACCAAAAUUCUUUGCCCUUUUGAUAAAAGUUGAGGAUAAAAUAUGGAUGACUGAUAUGUGAGUGAUUAUAUGAGAAAAUAUGCAUAAAAUGAGAUUAAUUGCAUUUAAAUAAGAAACAUUUUGAGACAGAUUCUAUUAAUUGUUCAACAGUAUGGUAUUCACUUCACUUGUUAAAACAAGUCAUCCACUUCGGAUAAAACUGUGCUGUAAACCACGCCAACAUAAUGUCAUGAUGCAGCUCAUCAAAAUAUUGAACAUUUGUAUAAUCUGGUAUGUUGUUGUUGUUUUUUAACUAUAAAUUAUAUGUGUGAGUGUAUAUUUAUGUCAGAUUUUUGUUACAGACAGAUUGUUUUGAUUCUAUAUCUAGUUACCUACUAUACAAUCAGUACCGCUGUGAGUGUCAAACUCGGAGGUCGUCAGUUGUCUCAAGUUGUGUCAACAUCGUUUUUAUGUAGGAAUAUCAUUUCGUUUGAAUGUCAACGGAAAGGUACUUGAUACAGUCUUAUUGUAUGUGCAAUAAAAUAAAUACCAGUUUCA